AUCAUACUAACCACAGGAAGUAGAUGCAGCAUCGCUCUACUAAAGCACUACUUUAGAGACUCAGACAGUUGUGAGCACGAGAACAAGAGACAGAAGAAGGAGAGAGACAGAGAAUCACGAUGGCUGAGUUCAAAUGGAUUUCUUUAUUUCUUAUAGCGGUGCUUCAGUUUACAGCAGCAGCUGAAAAACUUCCCCUCUCCUUCACUGUCAGAGUUGGAGAUGAAGUCACUUUGCCUUGUGAAAAUGUGAUAGACGGUCAGCAAAAAUGUAACAGUACUACAUGGCUCUUUGCUGGUUCAGGAAACACAGCAGCAGUACAGCUGGUUAGACUUGGGCAGAUUGGUGAAAGAGCCAAAGCUCAAUCAGACAGACUGAGUGUUACAGCGAGCUGUUCUCUGGUUAUAAAGAAGGUCGCAGUCGAGGAUGUUGGUCGUUAUGACUGUCAACAGUUCAGAUCAGGAGACAAACAAGGUCCAGACUCUCAGGUUCAUCUGUCUGUUGUUACCAUGACUGAACAUAAGGACACUGAUAAGGUGACGUUAAACUGCUCUGUGUCGACACGUGAACCAUGUGGACGCACAGUGAAGUGGCUGUAUGCGGGUGAAGAUGUGGCUAAAGAUAACAAAGACUUGCUGACAUCACAGUCUCUCUGCAGUGCCUCUGUGCGCUUCCUGACUUCUCAUUACAUUCACACAUCGAGGUCUAACUUCCUUACAUGUGAAGUGACUGAUGGCAACAAAGAGCAGCUGUUUCCCUUCAGACUUCGGCCCUCAGGUGAGAAACCAGGUGAGGACACAACAACAGCAACAACUGAAUCAACAACAACAACUGAAAACAGCAGAAAAGCAGGUAUCACCACGACAGCGUCUGCAAUCAGUGAUGCUUCAAAAGAACUACAAGCUUGUACAGAUUGUUCUGCUCUGAACUACAUAAUGUUGGUUAUGCGUGUGGCUGAACUCCUCCUAAUCACUGCGAUUACUGUUCUUCUCAUCAGAGCUCGAGGGAACCAGAGACCACCUGACGACAACACUGUUUUGAACUCAGUAAGAAGCCGAACAGUGAAGCGUUCUGGUCCAGCAGCCAGUCAGGUGAAUGAUGAUGAAGAUGAUGGUGUGGUGAACUAUGAAAACUUUGGAGACCCUUCUGCCUCAGUCAGACUCCGCUGAUCAACAACUUCCAUAUCAACAUCAACUCACCAGAGAAAAGACUCCACUGCAGUUAAAUAACAUCAUGGAGUCAGUAACAGUCUUCUCUUUAUUAUAUCUGAUAACAAUAUAAUCUGCAAAUAAAGAAAUGUUUACCACUUAA